AUGUUGAUAGCUGCAAAAUAUUUAAAUGAGGUAAAUCAACUAAAGGAACUGUUGCAUAAGCAGUUUGACAUAAAGGAUUUUGGUGCAACCAAGAAAAUACUUGCGAUUGAGAUUUGCCGGGACAGAACUGCAAGGAAGUUAUGGCUAUCUCAGGGCGGUUAUGUGCAUAAGGUGUUGGAGAGGAUUAGUAUGACUGAUACAAAAUCAGUGUGUACACCUCUAGCGAGUCAUUUUAAGCUGUCUACUGCAGAUUACCCAAGUCUGGAUGAGAAAAUUCGGCACAUGUCAAAGGUCCCCUAUGCUAGUGUGGUGGGAAGUUUAAUAUAUGCUAUGACACGUUCGAGGCCAGAUUUGGCACAUGCUGUGAGCGUGGCUUCGAGAGUUGAUUACUUCAUGGGUGAACUUAUAUUGGAGAAGAUUCACACUUCUAAAAAUGCAGCGGAUAUGUUGAUGAAAUCAGUUACUUAUGAGAAGUUCAAGCAUUACUUGGAAUUACUCCAUGUCUCCAAGGAUCAUCUUGUGGAAAAAUGUGGAAGUGCAGCAGCUGCUACUGAAAUGAUGAAGUGGGAAAAUAUUUCCCACCUGAGCUAUGAGUUUUGGAGAAAAAAGAAUAACAAACUGUUGUGGGCUAGGGAGGUAUGGUACUGUGGCUCUCCCCCUAAGCAUGCCUUCUGUCUUUGGCUGGGUGUGAAAGGGAAAUUACUUACAUGUGAUAGAAUGAUGGGAGAAGAUAUUGACCAGGUGUGUGUGUUCUACAAAGCAAAAAAUGAGACCUUGGAUCACUUGUUUUUUAGAUGUAAGGUUACAGCUGAAGUGUGGAAUGCGAUUAGAAGAUGGCUGGGGAUUAAAAGGCAAAUGCCUACCAUCAAAGUAGCUGUCAAGUGGCUCCAUAAAGAAGCAAAAGGCAAAGGAAUGGUGGCUGCAAGUAAGAAAAAUGGACUGGCAGCAACAGUAUAUUUCAUUUGGCAUUUCAGGAAUAGAUGCAAAUUUGAGAAUCAUGGCUUCUCCUCCUCAGAACUCAUAAGUGUGAUCCAAAGGCAUACAUAUAGAGGAAUAUAUGAUAAAUUUGAAAUGUAUGCUCUUGAGUAA